UUUAUUUUUACACUCAAAACUUCAGUUACACCAAGCGAGGCAACCACUCUGCUAAACAAGAAUUUUCUAAUACACUCUCACUUUCUUCUCUGUUCUCUGCAAUUCUUCCGAUUACUUGUUUCAGUCCAUUUUUCAUCAAAUGCUUCCACCUUACUCCGACGAGUCGCCAGACGCCGAUGAAGCUAUGCGCAAACCUCCUAAAUCCAACAACAAUGAUUUUCUAAGGAAUACUGUGAGUAAUUUCCAGUAUCAGAUUUCUACUCACCCUCGUUUCUGGCUAUUUACCUUCUUCCUUUUUUUCCAACUUGUGGUGCUUAUCUUUACUCGCAAUUCCCCUUUCCCUUUCUCAGUUCACUCCCAACCCAGUCCUCUUCCCCAAUUCCCUUCAGAAAUCGCCGUAUUUCCCGAUAUACAGACACCCCAUCACGAUAGAAAUGUAAUUUAUCCCUUCGGCGAUUCUGAAUGCGAGUAUGGUCGGGUCUAUGUCUAUAAUUUACCAUCCAAAUUUAACAAAGAUUUAGCCUUGUUGACCUGCGACGAUCUAGACCCAUGGAAGUGGCAGUGUGGCCUUGUGACCAAUGACGGAUAUGGAAAGAGAUCGACGGAGCUCGCCGGAAUCUUGCCGGGAAAUCUCUCCGCAGCGUGGUAUCGUACAAAUCAGUUCUCAUCGGAGGUAAUAUUUCAUUACCGGCUUUUAAACUAUAGAUGUAGAACCAACGACCCAGAAUCUGCUACAGCUUUCUACAUUCCGUUCUACGCCGGACAGGCUGUUGGAAAAUACCUUUGGACUGAUGAAAUCGAAAAUCGUGAUUUGCUUAGCAACAAAUUACUGAAAUGGGUUCAGAGGCAAAAGUAUUGGAAAAAAUAUAAGGGUUUGGAUCAUUUCCUAACUCUUGGUCGGAUAACAUGGGAUUUCCGGCGAUUAGGUGACCCGGAAAAACUCUGGGGAUCCUCUUUUCUAAAUCGUCCACAGAUGCAGAAUGUAACGCGAUUCACAAUCGAGAAGGCUCCAUGGGAUGCAAACGAUAUCAGUGUACCUUACCCUACCGGAUUCCACCCUCACUCCGAGAAAGAACUCCGGGAAUGGCAAAACUUUGCGCUUUCAUAUAACCGCACCAGUCUUUUCACCUUCAUAGGGGCGGCGCGUGGGGAUAUCGAUAGUGAUUUCAGAUCAAGGUUAAUGAGUUACUGUAGGAACGAGUCAGACUCGUGCCGAGUCGUGGACUGUGCCGUGAUUCCCUGCUCUAACGGUUCAUCAGAAAUCCAAAAAGCACUUCUGAGCUCAGACUUCUGUUUACAGCCCAAAGGGGACAGCUUAACUCGGCGGUCGGUUUUCGAUUGCAUGGUAGCCGGUUCAGUACCAGUUUUCUUCUGGAGGCGAACGGCUUACACUCAGUACCAGUGGUUUUUGCCGGAAGACCCGGGGAGUUAUUCUGUGUUUAUAGACCCGGAAGCAGUGAGAAACGGGACAACUUCCAUUAAGGAAAUUUUGAAGAGUUACAGUAAAGAUCAAGUGAGGAAAAUGAGGGAAAAAGUUAUAGAGACAAUUCCAAGAAUAGUGUAUGCAAGGCCAAGUGGAGGUCUUGGGAGUGUCAAGGAUGCAUUUGAAAUUGCAAUCGAAGGAGUAUUGAAGAGGGUCAAGGACGAAAACGAAUGGAAGGAAUACGUGGAUAUGGGCAGUUGAAGAUGAUAUUGGGAGAUUUGAUGAAUGUUGUAAAGUAUAUAAAUCUUUCCCUUAAUAUUCAGCUAUACAUACUGUUAUAAAUACAGGGACAAGUUUGAAGCCAGACGGGUAAUUCUAUAUGGCUGGUGAUAUGAUUCUUUGUUUUCAGAAUCAGCUUAGGUUACUGGAUGAUGGAGAGCUUGAAUUUUAUACAUGUAUUUUUAGAAAUUUGUGUUAAGACCAGAGGAAAAAAGUGAGGUCAAUUGUUGUUAUUUGCAGGUAAGAGAUAUAUUGAUCAGAUUUUGGCGAUUCUUGUUUCAGUUCCAUGUACUAAAAUAAGGUUUCAUAUAGAUCAACAUUUCAGCUUGUUACUUUCUAUCUAAUGCAAACAAGUUGUU